ACGGCUGAGUCAUACUCGGCCUCCUGUCUGCUCGCCUGCUGCCGGCUCCUGAUCCCAAUGAGCUGAAAGUGCAGGCUCUCAUCACGCGGAGCGGAUCUCCAGGGCUGUCUCGCAAAUGCCGUCCGUGGUUGGCACGUUUGAUUUGGGUUUGCCAGUGCCGGGGCGAGCCGGGUGAUCCAAUGGGGAACAUCUCCGGUGCGGUGAAGCAGUGCCUCAGCUAUGAGUACCUCAUCAAGGAGCAGCCGUGGCUCUCUGAUUUAAUAUGUCAGCAUCAGGGCUCUGGGAGAAGCAAACUUCCGGAAUGCGUGAAGAUAGUAGAAGUCGGACCAAGAGAUGGGCUACAAAACGAAAAGGAAUUUAUUCCAACAAGAACAAAAAUUGAAUUCAUCGACAUGCUGUCAGAAACUGGCCUGACUGUUAUAGAAGCAACAAGCUUUGUGUCUUCAAAAUGGGUGCCUCAGAUGGCUGAUCACACAGAAGUCUUAACUGGAAUAAAGAGACACCCUGGUGUUCAGUACCCAGUGCUGACUCCCAAUCUGCAAGGCUUUCAAGCUGCUGUGGCGGCUGGUGCUACAGACGUGGCUGUCUUUGGAGCGGCUUCGGAGACAUUCAGCCGAAAGAAUAUUAACUGCUCUAUCGAAGAAAGCAUGUGGAGAUUCGAAGAAGUGGUCAAGUCGGCGAAGGGGGCCAAUAUCCCAGUUCGGGGCUAUGUGUCCUGUGUGCUCGGCUGUCCAUAUGAAAAACAUACUGAACCGGGUAAAGUGGCUGAGGUGGCUAAAAGGUUAUUCAGCAUGGGAUGUUAUGAAAUUUCGCUGGGGGACACGACUGGAGUGGGCACCCCAGGGGCCAUGUCUAAGAUGUUAGAGCGAGUUCUAAAAGAAGUGCCUUGUGAAGCCCUUGCUGUUCACUGCCAUGACACUUAUGGACAGGCCCUGGCCAACAUCCUGACCGCCUUGCAGAUGGGGAUUUCAGUGGUGGACUCCUCGGUUGCAGGACUUGGGGGCUGUCCCUACGCAGAAGGUGCUUCUGGGAAUGUGGCCACUGAGGACGUGGUCUAUAUGCUCUCGGGAUUGGGAAUCACAACGGGUGUUGACCUUAACAAAGUUAUGGAAGCUGGAAACUUCAUCUCCACGGCCUUAAAUCGAAAGACCAACUCCAAAGUUGCUCAGGCCUGCUACAAGCCAUAAUAAAAGAUAUGCAUACAUGUACGCCAUCCACACUGUAGAGAAGGGACGCAAAACAUCCUGUGUCAUUUUUUUAUGCAUUCAGAUGCUGUAGCUUAGACUAUCUAUCCCUUCGGCACAGAACACCAAAGUGAUGCCUUCAAAGCAGCCCUGAAAGGGAGCCAGAAAUCCAGAAAUAAGUAAAAACAAAAAAUGCAACUUGUGUGGCUUAGGAGAAUGUCUCACUUGGGCUGCAGCGGCGUUCUGGAAGCAAUAAAAAUGGGAAAGUAGGAGCCAUCUGAGGACCAAGCCAUAAUGAUAAUCUUGGUACGAGGAAGGAGGAAGAAUUUUAAAAGAAGAUGAGUGCAAGAAGGAGCCACGUAGGAAACAAAAAGAAACUGUCAAAAAUAGAAGUGACAGAGUUGGCCAAAAGUAAGAGGAUGAAACUAAUUAAUAUGAGCUGCAGAACGGGCAAAAUGUAAAAGGAUGCAACUAAACAAGAGGAGUGCCACAAUGGGAAGAAUAUAAAAGGACGAAACUAAACAAGAGGAGUGCCACAAUGGGUCAAUUGUGAAAGGAUGAAACUAAACAAGAGGAGCAUCAGAAUGCAUAAAUUGUUAAAAAAAAUGAAUGAAAGAAAUGAAAAGAUUUGGCAUAGUGGUGGAAAAAAUAGAAAAAUCAAAGUGUUAAUGGAUAUAGUGGAAAACAAGGAAAUUAACAAAACGUGAAAAAAAUAGUGCCCAGCUGUUUAUAUAUUAAGAAAAAAUUAUAAAUUUAAAAAUGUUGUUCAUGAAAAACAAAAUGGAAAAUGGAUAAACAAACAAGGGGAGUGACAGAAGGUGCACAAAAAAGGAAGGUCAGAAUGAACAAAAGCAGGAAACAUGAGGAAAGUAGCAAGAACUCAAAUGACAGGAUGGCAAAAUCAAAGAAUGAUAGGUGAACCAAAGAUGAGGAGUGUCAGAAUGGGCACAGCGGAAAAUGAGGGAGUGGGCAGGACCAUUAUAGCCUGUAUGGCAUCUCCAUGGACAUGAAAGAAUGCGCCCUGAGACAGACUGGCAUCUCAUCCAGGGUUGGUUCCACCCUUGCAUCUGGAGCUCUCGCCAUAGUCUCUGGUACCCCUUCAUUUUAAAAUUAUACAAAAUGGAUUCAGUGAAGGGGAAAGUGGUGCAGCUCCUUAAACCAGAAGAUUCCCAGUUCAAUGGCUGCCUCACUGUGUGACCCUGGCCAAGUCACUUCACCUACCCGGGCUCCAACAGUAAACAGUGGCAAUGCACCCUGAGCUUGUAAAUUGCCUCGGAUUAAUGUUUCAGCCUAAGGCAAUUUUUUGUUCUAGAAAGGAGAAAUGCAGGUUCCAGUCGCUCUUAAUUAAUUCUUAUUUUUCAUUGUGGUCAACGCCUUUCAUAAUGAGCAAGCUCACUACAGCUCACAAAAAAAAAGUGCAACUGCAACUGUAAAAGGUUAAAAGAAUGGCAACUGGAAAUUGUUGUGUUUUACCAAGUUUAAUCUAAUUUGCACCUUUAUGUAUAUAAAUCAUGUCAUUUAUAUUAUAGCUUUGCACCUGAACUCAGUGAAAGGUGCCAUACAAAAAUAAAAUGAAUUCA